UAAUGGAGCAGUAAUAUAGCUGUCUUUAGCACAGUAAAACAAUCACUGGUACAAUCGGUUAUAAUAAUGACUGUUUCCAUUAAACCAAUCGCGUUCUCUUGGUAAAAUUGAUGUGUGGGCGAGAAUGAUGAUCAUUGAUUGUUUGCUUAGUCAGACAUGUAGAUAGUCUGACAGGUGUCCGGCGAGGACAACUUCCUGACAUGCCCACUUGGUAUACUUUUCACACUCGGUAUCCUGUUAGGAUCUGGUGGUGCUCAAGGUAGAACAGGUUAUCAAAUUGGAAAAACAAUGAGACUGAAAUCGACAUCUUCUUCAUGGAAUUCUUCGGAAGCUCAACAAGAAAUGAAAUCAUUAUAUCAAGAGCUUAAUAACUCGCUCACUUCAGAAAAAACAUUUUUAAAUGAGAGAGAAGAAAAUGUUGUUAGAAUAUCAACAGGCAUAUUUGUACAAAAAGCUUACGAAGUUGAGACACGUUUUAACGAAAGUAUUGCAAAUGAUUUUGAAGGAGAAUUGAAACAGGUGGAUUUUUCUAAUGGAACUAGUGCUACAGUUGAUAUCAAUGAUUGGGUUGAUCAACAGUCUAAUGGUUUAUUGGAGAAAUUCUUUACAGAUGAUAUUCCAGAUGACACUGCGAUGAUAUUGGUAAAUGUUUUCUACUUUAGAGAUUUUUGGCAAAGUCCGUUUGAGCCUUAUUACACUAGAAAGGAGGAUUUUUAUAUUUCACCAGAUCGUCAAAUAACAGUUGAUAUGAUGACUCAAGAAGGAGUAAUGAAGUAUGGAAAAUUCGAAGAUGAAGGAUUUGAGAUCGUCAGUAAACCAUUAAAUAACACACGUUUCACAUUUGUUAUCGUGUUACCUCUUGAAAAGUGGUCGUUAAAUGGUGCCACAGAACUUUUGAAUGGCAAUAAAGUUUUAAGUGAAUACGUAAAGAAUUUGAAAGAAACUACAGUGUCAUUACGAUUACCAAAAUUUACAAUGAAAAAUACACUUGACCUUGUGCCAACAUUAAAGUCUAUCGGUGUUGUCGAUUUGUUUGAUCCAGUAAAAUCUGAUCUGUCAGGUAUCACACCUAAUCACGAUCUAUAUGUGAAUGAAUUUAUUCAAACAAAUGUAUUAAAAUUAAAUGAAAGUGGAAUUGAAGCAACCACUGUAACCUCACCUAUAAUUGUGCCUAUUUCAGCCAUUAUACCAGAAGUAGACUUUCAUGUAACUCAUCCAUUUAUAUGCUUUAUAUAUGAUCAACAAUUAACUAUGCCGAUAAUGGCAGCUAAAGUAAUGAAUCCAAUUUUACAAUCGUAGUGAACCAAUCAUCAUUCAUACUCAUAUAUAUUUGAUAAUUAAUUGAUUUCCACAUGAAUCUUUUGUUUUAAUACAGUGAAUUAUAUUACGAACAUUCGUUUUGUUUACUUUUCAGUGAUUAACAAAUAAAGAGUAUCCAUUUU